GUCACAGCCGAAUGGCAACAUUGUGGCGAUGCUAAGACGCAGAGUUUAGGAGUCGGCUCUCUGGUUCCGGCUGGCUCGGCGCGGUCGGCGGGAGGCAGAGCGGCGGCGGGGCGAUCGGCCCCGGUGAGCGCGGACGCGCGCCUCGGCGCAUCACAUCACGCAGCUCCCGCGACUCAGGGCGGCCCGGCGGCCCUGGGCCCGGCACUGCAGUAGCGAGCGGCUUGUAAACAGAUCCGGCCGCACGUGACUAUGUGAACUACCUGCUCCGGGCCGCGUAUUGUCUCUUCGGAGAGUCGCGCCACAAAGGAGGCGGUGGGAGAGCGGCCGGAGCGCUAAGAUGGCUGAAGGCGCUCGGCAAGGGUGAGCUGGGGGCGCGGCCACCGCGGAGACUCGGCCGGGCGGCCCCCCUCGGCCGGCCACUGGAGCUACCAUGUCGUUCGCGCUGGAGGAGACGCUGGAGUCCGACUGGGUGGCGGUGCGGCCCCAUGUAUUCGACGAGCGCGAGAAGCACAAGUUCGUGUUCAUUGUGGCCUGGAACGAGAUCGAAGGCAAGUUUGCCAUAACCUGCCACAACCGGACGGCCCAGAGGCAGAGGAGCGGUUCCCGGGAACAGGCGGGGACUCCUGUGCCAGAUGGGAGUCGCGGGCCCGGCAGCCCGGCGACCCGGGGCCGACCCGAGGCCGCUGCCUCUGCCACGGCGCUCCGGAGCCCUGGGCCGCGGAAGAGCCCGGCGUGGGCCGAGGGUGGCUCUCCGCGCAGCGCGCGCAGCCCGAGGGGGAAUCCUCUCCGGGGUCCGGCCGGCAAAGGACCGGAGAGUCCCCUCCGUAGCCCCGCGCGGGCCAAGGCCAGCCCGCUUCGCAGAGGCGCGGAAUCCCGGGAUGCGGCCGCCGCUGCCACGCCAGCCCCGCCGGCGCCCCCGGUGUCGUCGGUGCGGGUGAUGAGUGCCUGCGGGGCGGUCUCCGAGGAGAUCGAGGUGCUGGAAAUGGUGAGGGAGGACGAGGCGCCACCGCCGCACCCCGACGCGGAGCGGCCGCAGUCCGCCGCGGAGCUGGAGUCACCGGCUGAAGAGUGCAGCUGGGCCGGGCUCUUCUCCUUCCAGGAUCUGCGGGCCGUGCACCAGCAGCUGUGCUCGGUGAACUCACAGCUAGAGCCGUGUCUGCCGGUGUUCCCCGAAGAGCCGUCCGGCAUGUGGACGGUGCUGUUCGGGGGCGCCCCCGAGAUGACCGAGCAGGAGAUCGACGCUCUGUGUUACCAGCUCCAGGUUUACCUGGGCCACGGCCUGGACACGUGCGGCUGGAAGAUACUUUCCCAGGUGCUCUUCACCGAGACCGACGACCCCGAGGAGUAUUACGAAAGCCUCAGCGAGCUGCGGCAGAAGGGCUACGAAGAGGUGCUUCAGCGGGCAAGGAAGCGCAUCCAGGAGCUCUUAGACAAGCACAAGACUAUAGAGAGCAUGGUGGAGCUUUUGGACUUGUAUCAGAUGGAGGAUGAAGCCUACAGCAGCCUUGCAGAGGCCACAACUGAACUCUACCAGUAUUUACUUCAGCCAUUCCGAGACAUGCGAGAGCUUGCCAUGCUGCGAAGACAGCAGAUCAAGAUUUCCAUGGAGAAUGAUUAUCUGGGACCUCGAAGAAUUGAGAGUCUACAAAAAGAAGACGCUGACUGGCAGCGGAAAGCUCACAUGGCUGUGUUGUCUAUCCAGGAUCUCACUGUCAAAUAUUUUGAAAUAACAGCUAAAGCACAGAAAGCUGUGUAUGAUCGGAUGCGAGCAGAUCAGAAGAAAUUUGGCAAAGCAUCGUGGGCAGCAGCUGCAGAACGCAUGGAAAAACUCCAGUAUGCAGUUUCUAAGGAGACUUUGCAAAUGAUGAGAGCUAAAGAGAUUUGUCUGGAACAGAAGAAACAUGCAUUGAAAGAAGAGAUGCAAAGUUUGCAGGGAGGUACAGAAGCUAUAGCUCACUUGGACCAGCUUGAAGCUGAUUACUAUGAUCUGCAGCUUCAGUUGUAUGAAGUGCAGUUUGAAAUCUUGAAGUGUGAAGAGUUACUUUUGACUGCACAACUGGAGAGCAUCAAAAGACUUAUAUCAGAAAAGAGAGAUGAAGUGGUGUACUAUGACACUUACGAGAGCAUGGAGGCCAUGCUGGAGAAGGAGGAGACGGUGGCAUCUGUGCAAGCACAGAGGGAAGAGCUCCAGAAACUGCAGCAGAAGGCACGCCAGCUAGAAGCAAGAAGGGGGCGCGUCUCAGCCAAGAAAGCCUACCUCAGAAAUAAAAAGGAAAUUUGUAUCGCAAAACACAAUGAAAAGUUUCAGCAGCGUUUUCAGAGUGAAGAUGAAUAUAGAACCCAUCACACAGCACAACUAAAGAGAGAAAAAUUACACGAUGAAGAGGAAAGGAAAAGUGCCUGGGUUAGCCAGGAGAGACAGAGGACCCUGGAUAGACUUAGGACAUUCAAGCAGAGGUACCCUGGGCAAGUCAUCCUUAAAUCAACAAGAUUAAGAGUGGCUCAUGCGAGAAGAAAAAGUACAGCAAGUCCUGGGCCCUGUGAGGAACAGUGUGACUCUCUACCCGGAGAGCUGCAGGGAGAGGAGAAGACCGAAGUGGGAGAAGGAAGAAGCAUGCUUGGGUCUUCACAGACGGCAGAACCCCAGAGCCUUGUCCAUCUUGAAGACACUUCAUCAGUACAACUUGAAGCCCCUUCAUUACCUCCCAGUGCUGUUACCUCUGAACUGCCGCCUCCCUCAUCACUCCCACUUGUGACUAGUAAUGACCUCAAACCAUCUUCUGCUACAGCAGAUCCACUCCCACCCCCUCCCCCUCCAACACCUCCCCCUCCCCCUCCACCCCCACCUCCACCUCUGCCUGUCGCAAAGGACAAUGGUGCCACCAGCACUUCAGAGACACUGGAGAAAGAUGCACUUAGAAAGGAGGGUUGUGAGAAGAGGAUCCCAAAGUCAGCCAGCGCCCCCUCAGCACAGCUCUUCGAUAGCAGCCAGCUGGUCAGUGCCCGGAAGAAGCUCCGGAAGACAGCUGAUGGUUUGCAGCGGAGGAGAGUGAGUUCGCCCAUGGAUGAGGUGUUAGCAUCUUUGAAGCGUGGUAGUUUUCAUCUGAAAAAGGUUGAACAGCGGACUCUGCCUCCUUUUCCUGAUGAAGAUGAUAGUAACAAUAUCUUGGCGCAAAUAAGGAAAGGGGUAAAAUUGAAGAAGGUUCAGAAGGAAGUUCUGAGAGAAUCCUUCACACUUCUGCCUGAUACAGACCCUUUGACACGGAGCAUCCAUGAAGCUCUAAGAAGAAUUAAAGAAGCAUCCCCAGAGUCAGAGGACGAGGAGGAGUCUUUACCUUGCACAGACUGGGAGAACUAGCAGGUGACUUAACAGAAAGAAGAAAAAUACCCACGGAUUAAGACUGGUUCUGAUUCUUUUGGGAAAAAGUUUAAGCUCUUGGUCCCAAAAUUGAAUUCCAUUCAUUGCUAAGUAUUCUGGCAAAGUGGUAUGAAAAAGAAGCACAAUUGGAGGAUAUUACUGUUCAGUCACUCUCACUGGGAGCGGUGACAUCAGUUUUCUAUGUGCAAUGUUCCUGACUGCCUUGUGAAGGCCUCCUGGAGACAGACGGCUGCUCCUUACACACCUCUUCCCGCCCACCCUUUCACAACCUCAUAGUGGCCAAUUACACAAGGGGUCACUAUGAAUUAGAAGAACCCUGGGCUGGCAGAGUUCUACUGUGUGAGCUGCUUUGGGAGUCAUCUUUCAGUGCACCGAGAAGAUAUCUGCUGAAGCUCAGCUGCUUCCACAUCAGCUUCUAGAAAUAGAGUGACAUGCUAAAGAAGACAUUUAUCAUGGUAGUCACAGUCAGGAAUGAAAAGAAAACCGCAUGGAACGCACUUAAAAAUCCCCACAUUUUUCAUCUCCAGAGAUAUUCAGUGUCUGAGAAGCCAAUGGAGAUAGACCUAGUAAUGUGUGCACCAAAACACAACACAUUUAAUAAGGCAUAUUUUUAAGAGGCCACAGUCUUACAUUUUGUAAGAGUUUGAAGUUAAAAUUUCCAUGCUUUUAAAAUAGCAUUUCAUAAUUCUGAAUUUAGAAUAGUUUGAAUUUUAUGUGCACCCUGUUGAUGAGAAGCAGUUCUUCGUAAUUUGAUAAUGUUUCAAAUUAUUUUUAGUCUUUUUGUUUGAACUACUGCUUGAUUACUAUAACUCAUGACUUUCCUAUUGAGAAUCAAAAAUCAGGAUUCAACAGUAGGGUUACAGAUGACAGCUGUUUGUAUCGUGCACCAGUUUUAAGUUUUUAUUGUUAUGAUCCAUGGUGAAGCGCGUGUGUUCAGUAAAGGUCCAGAAGGCAGCCAUUCCCGAAAACCUGCAGCUGGCAUUUCACUAUUUUCUUAUGCUUUGGAUAGAACAUUGAUAGCAUUCGUUGCUGUCACUAAAUCUUGAAACUUACAUACAUAGUUGUAGUACUGACUUAGCUGUAUCGUACAGGGUCCAUUUAUGAAUGGAGCUGUCUUGGAUUGUCAGUUUACUGCACGGUGUAGUGUGUGCUAAUGAUGGAGACAGAUCCUCGCUUUAUAAGGAGGAAUUGAAAUCUAAAAAGAACUUCAUUCCCAGAAAGUUCUUCGCCAGCUUAGCUCAGAAACCACCCUGAAGUGAGAGCACGUCAUUGUCCACAAAUGGCUUCUUCUAGAAACACAGCUUUUCUUCUUGUCAAUAUUGAGAGAUAUUUUUCUUUAAUUAUGGAAAAAAUUCUGGUAACAGGUUAAAGUAAACCAAAUCUUUGCACUUGAA